AGAGAAGACACAAAAUCCGUAUUUAGUAUAGUAUCUGCUUGAAGAACGAGAAUUGACGAGAUAUAGAUAAUGAUACAAAGACUAAUCCAAAACUAGAAUGCAGUGUACUAGCUUGAACUUGAACUGUUAUUAUUCAGACUGCAGGCGAGGAGGGCAGCCCUCUGUUCAUCCCUCCAGCUAACUCUAUUAAGUGCUUCACCAAAUGAACACCAACAUCUAUCGCGUUCAUUCUGAAAAGUUUAGAGCAUCAAAUAGAAUGUUAUAAAACUUACAGAUUCUGGCCAUUGAGUACUAAGCUCGUCAACUGAUAUCCUGUACACUAUGAACAUAUAGAUCUCCUGAGAUAAAAAGACGUACUCGAAGAAGUGAUAGCGUGCUCUGGGUAUGAAUGGAUCGUUAUCAGUCAGUGUUUUGAUCGGCCGCUUGUCGUCGAUAGAUAGCACCAAAUUCCUGACCUGACCAAUCACGCCAGCUGUAAUCUACAUCAAAGAUAGUCACGGCUACGUGCAUAAGACACACCCUCCUCAAAAGCUUCCCUAGAUGCAGCAGUCUCAAGCCGUACAUCAGACAGCUCGUAUCCACCCUUUGGAAGCACCCAGUUUCCCUUAUGUUUUCUAGACGAGAUGAGCAAUAUCUGAUUCGUGAGAUAGUUGAUAGGUACAGCACCACAGACUAUCCGAGGGUGUGUAUUAGAUCUGUGUGCUUCUUUAUCUGAAUUGCUUGAAGACAUUUUUCUUGCUCGUACGAUGUUGGAAGGGCUGAAGAAAGCCUUAUCGAGAGACAACUCUACAAUAUUUUUAUUUAUUAGGCAUCAUCAGGGUGAUUCAGGUUGUAUUUAGUUCGGUAUGUAAGCGUAUGCAGAUUCAAUUCAUUGGUAUGAAGGUGGACUCUUCGAAGACAUUGGCCUAUAUGGCUUUAUUGAAUAAAAUCAGCAGCCUGGGAUGUCAAAUAACGUAGAUAGAAGGAAACCGCCACCUUUGCAGCUCAAUAACUACACUACACAAUCUGCUCACACGACUCGAUAUCCACAGCUCUAUUCGGACGAUAUCAAAUCGCCGAGAGAAUCACAUUCAUCUGUUAAUUUGUUAGAUUCAGAUAGCGCAUCUUCAAUCUUUGAUGCUAGUAGUGGAGCGCACGCAUCUACGCCUCCGUCACUUACCAACACACCACCCUCGAUUAGUGCAUCUUUGAAACCUGAGAAGGGUGAUAGAGCUUUCAAUGAGACUAAGCUAGCGGAUCUUAUUAGUAUUGGCGAUGAAGAGGAGAACCGUGGUUUACAAUUGGAGAAAGAUAAUAGGGGCAAUGCACCACCACCAACACCAGAGCCUGCACAUACUUCACCACCUUUAUCGGUUCCUGCGAAGCUCUCACAAGUUUCACCAUCUGUUGAACGCUUAUACUACAUACCACCGCCUACACCACCGAAAUUUAGGACGAGUAGCACUCCUGUUUUACAUCCUAUGAGCCCUGGUAAUACACAUAGGACCCCAAGGACUCUCAAGAAUGCUCGCAAUACAGAACUUAUGAAUAAUGAUUCGAGGAUUGAGGAAGUACCUGAAGAUGAAGAUGAAGACGAGGAUGACGGACCACGUUCACCAACACCAGCAAGCUCACGCAAUGCCAGUAAUGAGGUGGACCGUAGAAGACCCUCACUGGGUGCGAACGUUAAAUUUAAGGAAGAGGAAGCCGAACCGAAGUCUGCUUUUGAAGAUAGCAGCUUCGAAGAUAGACAAGAUACCACUAUGUCACGCCAGCGGAUGCCUUCUUUUUGGGAGAAGAUGAGGAAGAGUAAUAUUCUAUCUCCUUCUGCAUCGACCAAUAUUGGCGACGAUGCCAGCUCAGACUCUGGCAGCCACAUAUCGAUCCACAUUUAUGACUCUGACUUGCAGGACAUAGAUAACAUUCAGGCGUCAUCUUCACAUUCAGUUGCUAGAGCACUUGCUACUCUCCCAUCAGAUGCCAUAAAAAAUGUUAAAGAUGUUCCAGAUCUGGGACUGGAAAGAAAGCCCUUCUUGGCCCGUAUUUUUGAUGCUGAUGAUUCUAGCGCCGCAUCCAAUUGUUUCUUCUUGGGCUUCAUCUUUGGUCCAGCUAUUUGGUUGAUCGGUGGAUGGACUCUCGACGCACGCGACGGCACAGCUGUACAGAGAGUGAAAGCAGAUGACAGAAGAAGAGAUUGGGCGAGUGAAUGGAAUGAGAUCAGUUUAGCUUUCAAAAUUAGAGAAAGAGAGAAAGGAUCUAAAGACAAGGAAAAGGUCUUGUUAUCAGAAAAGCGCACUCAUAGUAAGAAUAGUUCAAAUGGCAGUUCAAGCUUUGCUAGAAGCGAUAGCGGCGCACCCAUGGAAGCUCAUCCUUCGCAAUCAUCUAUCGCAGCCAGUUGGGGUAAUCAAGGUGUGACCAAUCGACCACCUUUGAAUAAUUAUCUAUUUAACCAUGGCGUCAAACCACGCAAGUUCGUUUCUAGCGAGCCGGAAAUGAGUAUUUUACCACCGCUCACACGCGAUUCUCCUGACAGAUGGGUUUUGAGAUGUCGUAUUGCUGCUAUCGUCACUGUACCGUUAGCUAUUGGCUGUUUAAUAGCUGCUAUUGUUGGUAUUGCUGUAUCAUUUUAAUGACACUACAAGAAAUUAUGACAUUCCGAUGUAUAAGGAUAUACCCUACAUGAUUGAUUUAUUUUUACACGCACAGUACUAUUCUACAUACACUCAUUAAUUUUCUUAUCAAUGCAGUAUUAUAAUUACAAUAUAUAAUAAUUUAU